AUGGGGAAGCUAGGCCCACUGACGUCCCAGGCACUCGGCCGCUCUCCAUACGAUGACGUUGUUCAAGGAGAGGGCGAAGGCGACCUGAGGGCGCCGCUACAGAUGUACGAUGAGCGCGGGCGUCCAGUGAACCCUGAGACGAGGCGAAUUAAUAGAGACGUCAUACGCUCCCACAACGAGGUGAUGCAGGUUAUCGGAGUUGCUGAGCCCGACAAUGAAGUUCCCGACCCUCAAAUAGAGGUGCGCUUUAGGCAGCAGGAAGACGAGGACCGGAUAGGCCAGAGACUUCUCAAUGUCGGCCGCAUUCUGGAAAUUGGGGGUGUUUGGGGCGUCAAUGGCAUCCGACAGAGAAUUCUGAUCUAUCGAAGAUAUUCCGCGAUCCCCUUCUAUGACCUCUACCGGCACGAGCGAACCAACGAGUCCUUGGGCAGCGUGUUCUUCGCCGGCUUCCCUGCCUUUGUGGCCAGCCAUGCCCUCAAGCAAGUGGCGUUCACUCACCAAGCAGUGCGGCACAAUACUUGGGCUCAAUUUAUCCUCUACUAUGCCCGGUUGCAUCUGCAACUCUAUGUCUUCCUGCAGCGCAUGGGUAUCACCAAUUCCAUGGCGCCACUGCCUGGUCUGAGAUAUUUCAUUCCAUUCACAAGCUCCUCUCCCAUCCCACCCCCUCCUCCAUUGACUUCCUUCUCAUUUCGGGGAAUUAUCAAAUAUCUUGGGGGCGUGGCACUCAGUGUAGCGCCAGUUGCGUGCUACAUACUCUAUACCAAGUUGCGGACUGUUGUAGCUCGCAAUGUCUGGCUAUAUAUCUAUUCGAACGUCCCGAAACCUGCGAACCGCAGAGCGCUUCCUUCAAGAACGGGACAGUCCAACUGGGCGUCACAGAACCAGCUUCCUCCUCCUCCGCCGCCACCGCCUCCGCCACCUCCGGGGGCAUCAUUUGCGACUGCCUCUCCCGAAAGUGGCUCGAUGUUUGUCGAAGGCGAACCUAGGAAUGGCCAUGACAUAUCUCGAGAUGAGCCCACUAUUCGUGCUUUGGAGGGACAGCCGCCUCCAGACCAUGCACAGCUCGGCGCUAUACGCAGGCAAAGCACCUUCUCCAGUAGAGGGGAUGAAUAUGCUAGUGACGAAGAGGAGACCGAGAUCGUCAACGCUACUCUGAUUAGUUUCGAUGUGGAAGCAACAGACGCAAGUGAUACUCCUCCUGGCGUCUGGUCAGCUGAACUUCGUCCCAAUGUGGCGGGCGAUCCAAGAAGUCAAUCGGCAGAGGAGCCCGUCUAUGAAGACAAUGCUCUGACAAGGCUACCGUCAGUAAUCGCCACUGAUGUCCUGACAGUCGCCUGUUCCUACCUCAUAGUCGCGCCGUACGAGGCGUUUGCUCUGAGGUUGUUUGCACGCAGUGCCCGUCACCAACAAGGGCUCUCGGUGUCUGACAUAUACGACCCGAACCCUUGGGCGACCAUGUCUCUCACGGCCAUGACCAACUUCCUCGGGGUGGAGAUAGUGCACCUAAUGAUUGAGUCGGAGCUGUGGGGGGUUAUGACACUUCUUUCAGAGCUCUAUCGUGGAUGUAACCCCGACUGGGGUUUCUUCCGCGUGUUGCAGGAAAACUUCUGGGAGGACGACGAGCCCGAAGAAGGCACCGGGUGA